AUGCACCGCCUAGUCUCGGCCUUGCCAAGACGCACCGCUCGCUGCAGCGCUGCUCUCAGCACUCGCGCCGAAUGGAAGCGCCAGGUGAAGGAAGGUCUGAGUCUGCACGACUUCCUCUCGAACAGUCGACCCAAGGGCAACUCCAGCGGCACACAGGUCCAGCCGAGCACUUCAAGCCCAGAAGAAUCGCUGCAGCAGAUCCGCCAGAUUCUGGCAGAGAUCCGACAAUCGUCUAGAGAAGAACCAGCACCUGCACAGCUAGUGGACCGAUUCGGGCGAGCUCACACUUAUCUGCGUAUUUCGCUAACCGAGCGCUGCAAUUUGAGGUGUCGGUACUGCAUGCCGGAGGAGGGGGUGCCCUUGCAGCCCACAGGAGACCUCCUGACCACGCCCGAGAUCAUCCGAUUGGCGAAGCUCUUUGCCUCUUCUGGCGUGAAGAGGAUUCGGCUCACGGGUGGCGAGCCGCUGCUUCGGCGAGAUUUGGUGGAAUUGGUGACUCAGCUGAGAGCGAUUCCGGGCAUCGAGUCGGUGGGGGUCACGACGAAUGGCAUCACGCUGCAGAGAAAGCUGCUGGCGUUGCAGCAAGCAGGCGCGGAUAGACUGAACAUCAGCUUGGACACCUUGCAGCCGGAGAAGUUUGCUCACAUCACGAGGCGUCGAGGAUUCACGCGGGUCAUGAAUUCCAUUAUGGAAGCGCAGACGCUGGGGUUCACCCCGCUCAAGAUUAACUGCGUGGUGCAGCGGCAUUUCAAUCUGGACGAAGUUGUGGACUUUGUGGCUUUCACGGAGAAGCACGCAGUGGACGUGCGCUUUAUCGAGUGGAUGCCGUUCGACAGCAACAGGUGGAAUGACGAGACGUUCGUCCCGUUCAAGGAGAUGAUGGACAUUAUCAAGGCCGAGUUCCCCACCGUGAAGAAGCUGCAGGAUGGCGCGAAUGACACGUCGAAAGCAUUCCACGUCCCAGGAUUUAAAGGGCAGUUUGGUUUUAUCACGUCUAUGAGUGAACACUUUUGCGGCUCGUGUAAUCGACUUCGACUGACUGCCGAUGGGAACUUGAAGGUUUGCCUCUUCGGGAACACCGAGGUCAGCUUGCGGGACGCCAUGCGUCACAACAUCGCGGACAAGGACAUCCGCGCUAUUGUCGACGUAGCAGUAAAGCGGAAGAAGUUUGCGCUAGGCGGUCAUGGAGACAUGUAUGGCCUGUCAAAAGCGAAGAACCGCCCGAUGAUUCUCAUCGGAGGGUAG